CGGUCUCGAUCAGUGCAUGUGGCUAGACAAUACUUGCGCCCAGUUUCGUCAGUAUUGCUGCGUUCAUAGGUGCGAUUUGCUUUGAUUUGAAAAUUUAAACGCCGUGAGAUAUUUGAAGAACAGUGCUACAGUGUGGAAGAACUCUCUCAGAGAGAACUCUCACAGUCGAAUUUUCAUCUUUUCGAGAGAGGAUUGAAUGGUUACUGGCCCAUCUUGAAGUCGUCAUUAUUCACACGUGCAGCAAGCAUCGCGUGAUUAUAGGCAUUGUUGCCGGCUCACAAAGGAGAGAACGAAAAACAUUCAAGAUGAUCAUGACGUGCGCUGGUUGUGAUCGAGCCAUUUUGGACAAGUUUCUUCUAACUGUUUUGGAUCGUACGUGGCACGCCGAGUGUGUUCGAUGUGCCGAUUGCCGCAAUAUUCUUGCGGAACGCUGCUUCUCCAGAGAUGGAAAACUGUACUGCAGAACCGACUUUUUUAGGAGGUACGGUACAAAGUGUGGUGGUUGCGGCCAGGGUCUCUCACCGACGGAUUUGGUGAGAAAGGCCCGAGAUAAAGUUUACCACCUACGAUGCUUCACCUGCGCUCUGUGUCGGCGACAGUUAUCUACCGGAGAAGAACUCUACCUUCUUGACGAUGCCCGUUUCCUCUGCAAGGAGGAUUUUAUCCGAGGAAAAGCUGCUCCUGAGCUGCUGCUGAAUUCGGCCUCGGAUGACGACGACGACGAAACUCUCUCCAUCUCGCUCUCCAUCGAGAAAGAAGCCAACAACAACAAUCACAACCAUCAUUGUCCUGUGAGCGUGCUGAGCAGCAGCGGCGCCAGCAGCUUAACGAUGCCCUCGCCCAAUCGACCGCUGACUCCCAUGACGCAGGGCCUGAUCAUAGCGCCACCACCCUCCUCCGAUGGCAUCGUCAUCAAAACCCAGCGGCCUUCGACACCCUCCAACACCAUCGACGACAAGGACGGCAACGACUCAGAAGGCUCGGUUGAUGGUGACGGAGAAGGCGAGAGCCGAAGUGACAACCCGUCCGAAUCGAAAUCGCCGGACGAGGGCGGAGCGGGGUCGAAGCGGCGCGGCCCGCGCACCACCAUCAAAGCCAAACAGCUGGAGAUCCUGAAGAACGCGUUCUCGCAGACGCCUAAGCCAACGAGGCACAUUCGAGAGCAGCUGGCCAAGGAGACCGGCCUUCCUAUGCGUGUCAUCCAGGUGUGGUUUCAGAACAAACGGUCAAAGGAGCGCCGGUUGAAACAGCUGACUUCAAUGGGCCUCAGGCCGUACUUUGGAGCCUCGCGAAAACUGCGAGGCUUCCCGGUGAGCCCCGGAAUGGACGACGGCUCCGGGGUGGUGGGCGGAUUCAACCCUUAUUUCGAUCCGAAAUACGCGGCCGAUUUCGCUUACGGCGGAGCACCUGGAGGUCCUCAUCCCCAUUUCGGUCUGCAUUCGCACGGACCGCCUCACCCGCUGCAGCAUCACCCCAACCCUCCGUUUGGUGACUUCUUCGGUGGACCCCAUCCGCCUCCGCCUCCACCCCCGCCAUCCUCACAAGGAGGACCUGGGGCACCCCCCGGUGCAGGAGCUCAAGGAACAGCUGGAAACGCACCUUUUGGCGGUGGACCUGGAAUGGGCAACGUCAUGGAUCCCUCGUCGGGGAUGGGAGGUGGCGAAUUUGGACAAAUGGGCGACCCGACUCAAUAUCUGACACCCAACGACCUGAUCUCGCAGCGCUCAAGUCCAGACUUCAUGCCUGGAGGUUCGGGAAACUUUGCGGAGCAUCAGCAAAUGAACGAGGGUCUCGUCUGGUGACUUUAGUCAGUUCAUCACUUCUGUGGGCGUGAAGGCGUUCGUCUAGGAUCAGCAAGUAGAGAGACGCUCCAGAGGAUCGUCGUCGCCAUGACGACACGCUGGGCGCUGGUAAAAAAAGAGCAGCAGAGAAGAAGAAAAAAAGAUGAAAACAAAAGAGAGUGGAAAAAUUCUUUUGUGUUGUUGUGUUUUUUCUUUUUCUUUCCGUAGGUGAUGCUAUACAGUGUUAUAUAGAUGCGUGUGAUUACAGCACAUUGCGCAAUCAUUAGCGUCAAAGUGUGUAUCCCCCCCCUCUCUUCUUCCUUAUUUGGAUGAUUCAACUUUACGAUGUAUUGUCAUGGGUAUAGAAAAAAGCCAAGUCUGCUGAGCGAGCCAGUUCUCAGAAAUAAGAAAAGUGAGCGCUCCGUCAUUGGAAUAUCUCGAGAGGUUUUGUUUGUUUUCAACCAAAAGCCGCACGACAAAAAAAGAAAGAAAGAAAGAAAACCGUUGAACGAAUUAGAUAUUGUAGAUGUUUUUGGCCUGUUUGCAUCAUUUUUUUCGUUGGGAUUCGGUUGAUCACGUCUCAUCUUUGAGACUGCGAUAAAACCGAAACAUUUCACGUAAUAACUUAUGAAGAGGAAGAGGAAAAAAAAACAAAACAGGUCGUGGUUAAGUUUCUGUAAGUUUAGUUGAUUGAUAUCAGUUGUUUCUUUUUUUCCCCUGUCAUCUAAUUUUUCUCUGUUAUUUUCCCCCUUUUUGAUUAUUGAUUAUUAAUUAUCAUUUUCUUUCAAUUUGAAUUUCUUCUUUUUCUUAUUGAAUCGAUGAGCGUUUGUUAUGUGCAAGAAUGUCUCUUGUGCUAGACCCACACACUUAUACAGUAAAAACAAAAAAAUACCCAACUCGGUGGAUCUAAAACUGUAACUCCUCCCACCCCCCCCCUCCCCCUAUCUAUUGAUGAACGCAAUGUGAUGUGUGUAAUUUCUUGUUUUCAAAAGGGCAUCGUCAAACACAAAUAAUUCAGAGUGUAAAAGUGACACGUUGCUGAUCAACCUGAUAGGAUAUAACAUUUGGAGCUGUAUGGGUUGACUCUACCAGUCGUCAAUCUCUCUGUACAGCUCCUUUUUUACAAUCAUUACCUCUUCCCAUCAUACGUUCUUGUCCACACGAGUUUCUCUCUCUCUCUCUCUCUCUCUUUAUUGAUGUCAAAUGUCGUGCGGUUGAGCUCUCCCCCAAAAGAGAAAAACAAAAGAGAACAGAAGAUGAAGAAAAAAAAAGAACCCGGCUGGCCGACGAUAUUAUUGUACAUAUAGAAAAGUUUAUACAGAAUUGUCACAAGAAAGGAAAUAAAUAGUUCGUUUAGUCGUC